AAGAAAGAUAGAUUUGUCUGACAAUAACAAAGUCUCAAUCUGCAACCAAGUCCACCUUUAGAAUCAAAGAUAAAUCUCAAAAGAUCAACUCUAUCGCAAUCCCUCUGCGCCUCCGCCAAAUUCCUGCAUUCGCCGCCGCCGCCAACACGAAAUGGAGCACAGCUCGCCGCCGCCAAUACCUAAUGCAGUCGACCUGGCAUCCGCCGCCGCCGACGAUCCCACCCAAUCGGCCCUCUUCGACUGGUCUGAUUUCCUGGAUUUCGACAUCGACGAAGCCCUAAACACCUCCGCCGCCGCCAUAUCCGAACCCGGGUCGGGUCCGGAGCACGAACCGGAACCCGGAUUCGACUACAGCCAGCAGUCGGAGAGCCUGGGCCGGGUCAGGAAGCGCGACCCGAGGCUGCUUUGCCCCAAUUUUGUGGCGGGUGUAGUUCCGUGCGCGUGCCCUGAGCUGGACAAGAAAUUGGAGGAGGAGGAAGAGUCCGCUCUCCCUGGGAAGAAGCGGACCCGCGCGGUGCGGGCCACUGCCGGCCCGCUCCUCUGCCAGGUGCCGGGUUGCGAGGCCGACAUCAGUGAGCUCAAUGGGUACCACAAGCGCCACCGCGUCUGCCUCAAGUGCGCUCAUGCCGCCGUCGUGGUGAUCGAUGGAGAGAGCAAGAGGUACUGCCAGCAGUGUGGAAAGUUUCAUCUCUUGUCUAGUUUUGACGAGGGUAAACGUAGUUGCCGGAGAAAACUACAAAAACACAAUGACAGACGUCGAAGAAAAUCUAAUGAGUCUAAAGGAGGUACAGAUAAGGAACCUCAACUGGUUGUCUUGGUUGAUGAUGUCAAGGAAGAUGAUGAUGAUGAUGAUGGGGGAAAAUUAGAAAAACACAAUGAUAGAUGUCGAAGAAAAUCUAACGAGUCUAAAGGAGGGACAGAUAAGCAACCUCCACAGGUUGUCUUGGUUAAUGAUGUAAAGGAAGAUGAUGAUGGAGGAAAAGAAAAGGACAUAUUGUUGAAAUCAGAUGGACGUGUCUCGGAAGUAUCUUUGGGUUCAGAUUCCCAAGGUUCUCCGGGCGAGAAGGUUGCACCGUGUCAUGUCCCCAGUGAAAUUCGUGUCAAUGAGCAUAAACAUAGUCCAAACUCUAAACGCGCUCCUUCUUACAGUGACAAUUUGUCCCCUGUGUGUCCCACCGGUCGAAUCUCCUUCAAGCUGUAUGACUGGAACCCUGCUGAGUUUCCUCGACGGUUGCGACUGCAAAUAUUUGAAUGGUUGGCUAGCAUGCCUGUUGAGUUGGAGGGGUAUAUCCGUCCCGGUUGUACAAUAUUGACAGUUUUCAUAGCAAUGCCGAAUCCAAUGUGGCUUAAGUUAUUGGAUAAACCAGCUUCAUACAUAAAAGACCUCAUUGGCUCGCCUGGGAGCAUGCUAUCUGGAAAAGGGACAAUGCUCGUUUAUGUCAAUGACAUGAUUUUUCGUGUCACAAAAGAUGCACAUUCAGUAGUACCAGUCAGCAUAAAGGAUAAAUCUCCUAAGCUUCAUUAUAUCUACCCGACUUGCUUUGAGGCUGGCAGGCCGAUGGAGUUUGUAGCUUGUGGAAGUGACUUACUCCAACCUAAGUUCCGGUUUCUAGUUUCUUGUAAUGGACGGUACUUGGCGUACAAAAUUUGUGUCUCAUCUCUGUGCUGUAAGAAAGGUGAGAGCAACUAUUUUAACCAUCAACUGGUGAAGAUAUUUGUUCCUCAAACCGACAUGGAUCUCUCAGGGCCAGCGUUCAUCGAGGUUGAAAACCAAUCUGGUUUAUCAAACUUUGUUCCUAUACUUUUUGGUGAUAAAGAAACUUGCGAAGAAAUGGAGAUCUUGCAACGUAAGCUUGAUAACUCAACAUCCUCUCAAGAACAACCUGCAUCACAUCCAAGGCAUGCAUGCAGAGUCCUGGCUUCAAGACAGAGACAUUUCUCAGGGUUUCUCUUAGAUUUAGGAUGGUCGUUGAAGAAACCAGUGUUGGGGAAAUUGUUGACAUCUUCGGACGUGCAAAGAUUCGACUAUUUAUUGGACUUUCUGAUAGAGAAAGGGCCUUCUGCCAUUUUGCAGAGAGUAUUUCGUUCUUUGGAAUCUUCAAUAGAUAAAAAUGACGUUGGUGGUGUAUCUGGUUCCGAUAUGAGGUCAUUACUGGCCAAAAUGGAGAUUGUACAAGGUAUGCUUGAUCACAGACCACAGGAUAGUUGUUCUGCAGCCACAUCUGCAGUUGAUGGAAAUGGCGUUCGAGAAGCACCUGACGACAUUCCAUGGGGCAGAGAGGCGUCAUCACUAGAUGCCGUUGCUGCAACAGCUCCUCUCAUCAACAAAGAGGUGAUCAUGAAUGUCAACAUUCAUGAUUGGCCUAAAAAAUCACCAGGCCUCAUGUCCUCACGGAGACUUCUUACUUCAUGAACCCGCAUCAUGGCUGUGGCUGCCAUUUGCAUCUGUUUGGGAGUCUGUGUUGCCCUCUUCCAACCUCAAAGGGUCGACAAGAUCGCCACCACUAUCCGGAGGUGCCUGUUCGACAGCCCUGAAUAGUUGCGCUCUUUUCUCCUCUUUAGUCGAAUGUGCAGCACGUUGCACGGGGAUCUUGAUGGUGCAUUACUUGACAUAGCCUUGAAGAAAGUUGGGGGAGAUGAUUGUAAUUUUAGUUUUUUUGUGAACUUUCUCCUAGUAAGUUCUGUUGUGGGGUUUGUUAUUCAAAUUUCUUUUGGUGUAUGAUUAUUAACCUGAAAGAAUAAAAAUAAAUGGUUAUCGUCGUUGUCGUUUAA